GGAAGAUCGACUCGUUUUUUUUUUGGACGUUGACUCCUCAGUAAAUACUUCAAGGAAAAGAUCUCAAUCUGACUUCCGUCCAGUGAAAAUCAACCUUUUAUCGUCCGCAGGCCACAAACAAUGCAGCUGUUGCUGCUCCACAUUCUCCUCACAGUCGGACUGGCUGCUGGCUCCCGAAGUCUCCUGAAUGACUUCCAGCGCUCGGAGGGCAGAGAGCUGGCCCCCACCCCCUGGAACUCGGCCCGAGUGUUGCUGUUACCGGGUCUGAACCUGGAGGACUGUGCGACUCGCUGCGCUCAGUCUCUGGACUGCAGAGCGUUCAACUACGAGACACGUCCAACUGUUUCCUGCAAACAUCUGCCUUGGGUGGGUGACGGGAGCAAUGCAGAGGUGAAGAGGAACGUAAAUUGUGACCUUUACGAGAAGAAAGUGUACGUCAGAAAAUGCAUCGUGGGGAAGGGAGAAGACUACCGAGGGAAGGUGUUCACCACGCGAGGCGGACUCACCUGCCAGCAGUGGUGGUCCAAGUUCCCUCAUGAUCACAGGUGGACCCCCACAGCCACCAACGGCCUGGAGCUGAACUACUGCAGGAAUCCAGACGGGGACCGGAUCGGCCCGUGGUGCUACACCACCGACCCCGAGCGCCGCUACGAGAGCUGCAACAUCCCCCAGUGCAAAGAUGAGGUGUGCAUCACGUGUAAUGGGGAGGACUACCGAGGGCAGGUGGACCACACCGUGAGUGGCAGAGAGUGUCAGAGAUGGGACCAGCAGUACCCUCAGCAACACAUCUACCAGCCUGAAAAGUACCCUGAUAAGAGUUUAGAUGACAACUACUGCCGUAACCCGGACGCCUCCCCGGUGCCCUGGUGUUACACUACGGACCCUGAGGUGGAGCGGGAGAACUGUGAGAUCAGCAAGUGCAGUCCAGCCGAGGUGCAGGUGGAGAAACGUCAGCGCUCCAGCUUCACCACCAACUGCUUCCGCGGCCGCGGCGAGGAAUACCGCGGCAGAGUGAACGAGACCACAUCGGGCAUCCCCUGCCAGCGGUGGGACGCCCAGCGGCCCCACGAGCAUCCCUUCUACCCGAACACAUACGAAUGCAAGGGUUUGGAGGAGAACUACUGUCGUAACCCAGACGGGUCGGAGGCUCCUUGGUGCUUCACGUCUGUGCCAGGGAUGAGGACGGCUCUCUGCUUACAGAUCAAACGCUGUGCCGACGACAUAGAGGCUGAAGAUUGCUACCACGAAAAUGGAAGAAACUACAAAGGAAUGGUCCGCAAAACUCGCAAGGGGAUCACCUGCCAGAAAUGGAACGCCAACACACCUCACCUGACCAAGAUAAACCCGAGGACGCAUCCCGAGGCCAACCUGACAGAAAACUACUGUCGUAACCCGGAUGGGGAUCAGCACGGACCCUGGUGCUACACCACGGACCCCAAAACUGAGUUCGACUAUUGCGCCAUCAAACAGUGCGCUGGGGGAAAAGUGUCCAUGACCGAACCAGCAGCGAAAGUGGAGUUCAGCGAGUGCGGGAAGCGGGAGGACCGCUUGCAGGCGCCGAGGAUGCGCAUCGUGGGGGGGAUUCCCGGGAACUCACCGUGGACGGUGAGCCUGAGAGACAGGAAAGGAAACCAUUUCUGUGGAGGGUCCCUGGUUAACCCCAGAUGGGUGAUCAGCACCAAGCAGUGUUUCUCCUCCUGCUACGUGGACCUGCCCGGAUACUCGGCCAAGAUGGGGACCCUGUAUCGUGAUCCUCAGGAAGGAGAGCCCGGGGUGCAAACCAUCCCUCUGACCAAGAUCGUCUGCGGACCCUCAGAGUCUCAACUGGUCAUGCUUCAACUGGAACACCCGGCUCAGUUUAAUGAGCGCAUCUCUCAGAUCUGCCUCCCUCCUGAGCGCUACAUUGUCUCCGAGGGGACGUCUUGUGAGAUCGCCGGAUGGGGUGAGACGAGAGGAACUGGUGAUGAGACUGUCCUCAAUGUGGCCUACAUACCAGUUCUCAGCAACAAGGAAUGCAACAAAUACUUUAGAGGUCGUGUUCGUGAGAAUGAGAUGUGCACCAGCUCCUUCCAGGGAGGGGUGGGCGCCUGUGAGAGGGACUACGGCGGCCCUCUGGCGUGUCAGAACAGAGACUGCUGGGUACUUGAGGGUGUGAUCAUCCCCAUGAGGCGCUGCGGACACCCGGGGCAGCCCAACAUCUUCAUUCGCGUCUCUGUCUACGUUGACUGGAUCAAGAAGGUCAUGGAGAUGGCUUAGAGCCAGAGACCGCCAUCCAACAGGAACUGAUCAGAUCUGCUCGACCCUAAACACCAGUUUUUUUACUUGACCAUAUGCAUUUUUUCUUUUUCUUCCUCAGAUGUCGCUUUAAAAAAAUUUAAAAAAUGUGAAUAUACAUUCAGCUGCACAGUCAGAUUUGAUUAGUUAAAACAUGAAGUGCACAGUUUUCAUUCAGUUGUGGUGAAAAUGCAGAGACAGCACAGCGAUUAUGUGAUCUGCUUUCGAUCAAUCUCUACCUGCCUUUGCAUUCAUUUGGGCGUGAAGGUCAGCACUGUCGCCCCCACAGCGAGAAGGUCCUGGGAUGGGCCUUUGCAUGUUCUCCCCGAGCGUGGGCUCUCUCCGGGUACUCUGGCUUUCUGCCACAGUCCAAAGGACACGCGGGUUGGGUUAAUUAUUGACCCGUAGGCGUGUGAAUGGACGGUUGUUUCUAUGUCAGCCCCUGUGAUUGACAGGCAACCCGGUCCAGGGUGAUCCGUGGAAUUUACAGUUAGUUCAUCUUCACAGCUUCCAGUUUCGAUGCAUCAGUCAGAGCAUUUAAACAAUAAACAGAGAACAUCUUUAUUCCCCAAAAACACUGUUUUGUACUGGUGCAAAACAACCAAGAGAAGAUUUACCAUAUAAAUACAGUUCAGUAAAAUUCUACAAAUCUUUUGUUUAGCAUGUGUUAGUGAUGUAUAUAUUUAAAUAUAAAUGAGUUGUUAGAGGAUACAAAUAAAUGUAAUUGUUAAUUGUUCGGGUGUAGCACUGCUCUGAUUGUAACUUCUCCCAUUCGUUUUAAAUUGU